AUGCAGCUCCGACGAUUCCUUGGCUUCGUCAAUUUUUACAGGCGGUUUCUGCAAUCGUGUGCUGUCACAUUGGCUCCCCUCGAAGCCCUGCUCACUUCAGACCCUGCUAGACUAGCCCUCGCAGCCUUCCUGCCUCCGGAUGACUGGUUUGAUCACAUCCACAUCGAUCUUGUCGGACCCCUCCCACCCUGCCAAGGCCACAAGUACAUCUUCACGAUUAUCGACGGGCACACCAGGUGGCCCGAGGCCGUUCCCGUCCCCGACUCAACAACACCCACCCUCGCCACCGCGCUCAUUAGCGCAUGGAUCACCCGCUUCUGUGCGCCAUCAGUGAUCACGACCGACCAUAGGAGCCAGUUCGAGUCCGCCCUGUUCGCCUCCCUGACCAACUCUUUGGGCACCAGACGCAUUCGAACAAGAGCGUACCAUUCUGUUGCCAAUGGACUCCUGGAGCGUUUCCACCGCCAACUCAAGGUUGCCCCACGAGCCAUCGGAAGCACCCCAUUGCCCGAGACGUUUCCCAUCACGCUCCUCAACCCUGUGCCCGACUCGACGCUCGACUACCUUUUCCGCCUUCGUCGUAUCAUGGCCAACCUCCAUCCCACCCCCACCCACUCAGCACAUUUUUCUUCUGGUUACCACCACCCAGAUUUGAGCGCAUGCAACUACGCUUUUCUCCGUCUCGAUGCCGUGAAGAAGCCGUUGCAGCCCUCAUAUACGGGACCAAUUCCCAUCGUCCAGAAGAACCCACACUAUUUCACCAUCUCGAUAGACGGCCAGCAAGACACCAUCUCGCUCCACCGGCUGAAGCCGGCCUACCUCGAGCAUUCAUGCUCUCCACCCUCGCUCUCUGUUCAGAAGCUGGACAACUGCUGCUCAUCUCUGCUUCUUGCUAGUCCGACAGACCCACUUCCGGCCCCUUGCCACGUCUCAAGGUCUCCGGCAGUUACUCAGUACCACUGCUAUCGCUCUCUGCCUCCAGCAGAGCGCUAG